AUGUCGUGGACUCCAACCGAGGAGUUUUUCCACGGUCGUAUUAUCAAACCGUUUCUCCCCUUUGAUAAGCACCCCAAUUUGAAAAAUGACAAUUUCCGUAACUUGUACCCUGGUGAUGAAGUUUUCGUUUUUGAAACCAAGCAAUCCAGAUGGGCUCGUGGCUAUUCCUUGACCAGACCUUUCCCCAGUGACUUCACCAUCACUUCUGUCAACUUGGACGAAUUGCCUGGUCUCAACAGGAAGAUCGUGGUGUUUCCUUUGAAGUACAUGAAGGUGGUUGAACGCGUGCCUUUGAACAUGAUCAAUGCCGCUGAUGACUUCAAUAAUGUCCAUCAGAGCAACAACAUGGCUCCUACUUUGAGGGAAACUGAGCAGUAUGUGGAAACUGCCACCAGUGAUCCAAGUGAUGUGGCUAAUGGUACCAAUGGAGGCAGAAAGGUUCAACCUCCUCCCUUGCCAUUUGAAACAUUCACUUUUGCCAACGACUUGGUCGAGGAGAUCACGUACACUUUGAACUUGCUCACCUCCCACCUCUAUGCCAUGUACUCGAUUGGCGAGUUCCGUUUGUUCCAGAAACUCACCCAGCUUUACCACGAUUUGGAUGAAAUCAGAGUGAAAUUGACCCAUGGCGAUUUGACCCGCAACGAAGUCCAGUUCACUGAAGAGACUGCCAACCAUUUGUUGAGCUCCAUCCCCAAGCAGCUUUCUUCCAAGGCUGCUAGAAUCAACGACAAGUCUUAUGAUUUGGACAAUAAGGGCACUGACGUCAAUGGUUACAAGGCCAUCUUGGCUAGAGAUGCAUUUACUGGUGAUUUGUUGGAUUCCAGAAACUCCAAUCCCUCGAUUAUGGCUCUCUACCAGCAGUUGUGUGCUUUGCUUCCUAAGUUCCCAAUUAACGCUCAUAACAAGCGGGACGAGUACAUUCUCGAUGCUACUCCAAAUAAGAAGCUUACUCACGGAAGUCCCUCCCAUAUUUUGGUGGACUUCAAGUCGGUGAGUGGUUCUUCUCAGUACCAGCCUCCAGGAUUCGCCGGGAUGAUUGCGUACAUGUACGUGAGAAACACCCAGAGAAGAUUGACAGAGGCAUUCGCUGUUCAUACAGACACUGUUGAUGAGUUGGUUUUCGUGGAGAAGAUCAGUGCCGCUUUGUUUAGAAACAUUCCCGCUAGUGAAGUGGAAAACAACAGGGUCUACUUGGUGGCUGUUUUAGUUGAGCAGCUUGACUUGAAGAUCAACGAUGCAAGCGCCAAGAUCGAACGUAUCAACAAGGGUGUUGCUGCUGGUGUCACUGACAUCACCAGAAUCUUCUCGAGAAACCUGGGCUCUUUGACUUCAGGCGAAUCUCACCAGUUCUCCAUCAACUUGUUCGGUUCUCACAUUUCCCAUAAGAGAACCGUUGAUACCUCCAGAAUCGAUAACAACGGCUGGGGUGAGUUGGUCGACAGAAUUAUCAAGGGCUCCAACCACGGUAUUGCCGUGAACCCAAGAGCUGAAAAGUUGGUUGUGACUGUCAAGGAGUUCAGACAUCAGCUCACUGACGAUUCGCCUGACGAGGAGAAUUUCCACUCCACUAAGGUCGAUGCUUCGAUGAAAACAGCUCCAAUCGCAAAGAUCAAACCUAUCUUCUACGACCCUCUUGCUGAGAAUUAUGAGCGUAUCUACCUCAAGAUGGGCAAGGUCACUUUACUCAACCCAUUGAACAGAGACGAUUUGUUGACCUUCGAAGUCAGUGCUCCCAACAACGAUUCCAUUACUUUCGCCAAGGCCUCGAAUCAGAUCGAGAAGCCAAAGUGGCAGUUCGUGUCUGUAUGUACUCACGAAGUCAUUGGUGAGAUUGUCAAAGUCAAUGGUAUCUCAUUCAAGAACUCGACUCGCAAGCCCACCAAGCUGGACUCUCUCCAUCUCGCCUUGUACAUCAACGGUGUAUUGGCUGGUCAUGCUGAGAUCAUGUACAAAUCAGGUAACCGCUUGGUGGAGUUUAACAAACCAAGUGCCCAGGUCGUGGAUGUGGUUUCGUUCUCUACUAAGAAGACACUUGCCCAACUCGAAAUUCACACAACGUACAUUGGUAAGGUCUUCAACACUGAGAUCGCCAUUGACAACUUGUUCCAAAACAAUCGUUUCUUCGUUGGCACUCAGGCUGGUUUGAACGAUCUUACCCAGACUUUGCUUGACUUCUGCAAAUUGGACAUCGCCUCGUUGGUCAAGUUCUUUGCUGAAGCCAUGACCCGUUUGUUUGAAAUCAUCGACAGAUGUUUGUCUGCCAACGAUGGCCUCAACUACGAAAUAGUCUUGAACACCACCUUCAAGGCUUUGGUACAUUUGCUCGACACCAACUUUGGUAAGCGUGAUCAGUACUUGUUCAUGUUCGAUACCUUCUUGGAGGACUACAAGAAAUCACCAAAGCUUGGUCUCUUCUUGUUGGACAAAAUGGCCGAAGUGUUCACCCUUGCUGAGUCUAACUGGAACGCAAUGUCCAGAUCUGUUUGCCGUAUUCUCGUUUUGCUCACAAGAUUGGCUCUCGACCCUGUUUCUGAAGUCUCCGACAAGACAAAGUAUUUGGAAGAUAUCAACAAGCUCUUUGUCAGUGCAUCUCGCUUCCUUCAACUCCAAAACCCAGCUCUCAUCAAUGAUCAGAUUUUGGUAAUGGAGUUGGUGGAUUUUGUUAUGGCUUAUGAGACAGACUUUGAGGACUUCAAAUUAUUGGCAUUGGUUGUCAGGUUUAUCGACUCCAUCAGCUUCAGAGGGCUUGGUGUUGAUGAUGAAAGUAUCAACCAAAAGAAGACGACUGCCAUCCUCAAGGAUCAUCGUUUCGUAAUGACUAAGUUGCUCGUCAUUUACAGACUUUUCAGCAACAAGGUGUCUCGUGACAUCAACCAUUUCCAGUUUUUGGUUUCUCGUUCAGUUACUUGGUGUAUGGAAAUCUUCCUCGGCCCAAUUGAUGUGGACGCCUCUAGACUUGCUUGUUCUAUCAUGAACUGUGUCUGUACUUUGGUUUAUUCGAAUCUCGAUAAUGACGACGUCAAAGAAAUUGCUAUGACCUUGUCGAAGUUCAUCUUCCCAUUGGCCAGAACCUUCAUUCGCUUCAACAAGUUCACCAGAAGUCAUAGCUAUUUCGAGCCAAAGAAGGCUUUCACCGCUCUCUUCCCUUCAACGUACCCGUUCAAGGAAAUUUUCCUCGACAGUGUUGUACCUGAGGAGGUUGUGGUUGAAAUUCUUGUGGAGUUGGCUGCGAUCAUCUCCUUUAUUUGUCAAAUCGAGAAGACUGUGACAUGCGACGAGCGCUUCAGCCACUUCUUGAGUUUGGAAGACGACUCGUUUUUCGACUCCUCUAAGUACUUGUCGAAGAACGGUUGGAAUGAAAACGUCCUUACCGUUUUGCAGGCUAUUGCGCUUAUGAGACAGGGCAAGUACUUCCCUGAAGACAAAUGGCUUUCAUUGUAUGGUACCAUUGCAGAGAGCAGUUUGCUGUGCUUGGAGAUGCUCAAACCUUUGAUGGUGGCCAGCGCCAUUCCUAGCAUCGAAACCCCCGAGCAGUUUGAUAGAUCAAUCUGGGGUAGCUACCUCAAGGCAUUGUUGAAAUUGGCUGCAUUGCAACCAGUUUCCAUCGAGCACUUAUCGACAAUUCCAAGAAAAGCUUGUCACCAGAUCACUGGUGAUAUGAGAGACAGAAUUGCUGAUAUCAUCAACGAGGUGUGGGAUGCCUUGGCCUGGAAUGCAACAGAGGGUGACGUGGUGAGGUUCAACCUUACUAAAUUUGGUGGAUACCAGGUUGAAUUCAUCAACAGUGACUACGGAGUGUUGCAAGACUUGAUGCUCUUCUCUUUGCAGAGAAACCAGGCUUGUCAGAUUGUGAGUAUCAAGAUGUUGUGGUCCAUUUUGGUUUCUGAGCAUGUCUUGAGCAACUCCAUUGUCGAUGUGGAAAAAGAGUGCUUGACAGGGUUGUAUAAUAUCUACAACAGAAACGCUUACAAGCCAGGUGUUCCUGAGCAGACAAGUCUUAUUGAGAGAAUGAAGACUACCAUUCGUUUGGAUCGCGAGGAUGUUGCAUACCCUAUCGUGGUAAAGUUCAUCUCCAAUAUCUCCGAUUUCAUUGCUGUCUUGAAUGACUUCAACAGUGUUCCUGUGGGUGCAGAGUUUGAAGACGACCGUACAUUCCACAAGUUGAACAUUAAUGCUUACUUGAAGCAGGCCAACAGACCCGAGUUGUUCCACUCUUUCAUCAACCAGAUGUACGAAGACAAUCUCAGAAAGAAGGACUACGUGCAAGCUGCAUUGAGUUUGGAGCUUUUGUCUUCGACUUACAGUUGGGAUCACUACCUGAUCCAGCCUCCAUCUUACAGGCCCAAGUUCCCAGAGCAGUCUUCCUUUGAUCGUAAGGAAAGUAUUGUGAAAUUGAUUGCUCACAACUACGUCAAGGGUAACAGUUUGGAAAGAGCCAUUGACAUUUACAACGAGCUUCUUGCCGCUUACAAUGAGCACACCUAUGAUUUGAAGAGUUUUGCUUUUGUUCACAACAAGUUGGCUAAGCUUUACUUGGAUUUGGAAGCCUCUGAUAAAUUGAGUCCUUCUUACUUCAGAGUGGCCUUCAUUGGUGCUGGUUUCCCUGCUAAUAUCAGAGGUAAAGAUCAGAUUUUGGAAGGCCAGCCAUUCGAGCACAUCACUUCUGUUCACGAGAGAAUGUUGAAGAUGUACCCUGGUGCCAGAAUCAUCACCGAUGACGAGCAAGCUCGUGAACUCAGAAGCAAGAACCAGACCGGAAGGUACUUGCACAUUAACGUCGUGGAACCUGUUUAUGAGAUUUCGGACAAAUUGCUCAAUACCUCUAUCGGUGUGAGACAGUAUGUCAAGAACAAGAACUUGAGAUACUUCUCCUCGCUCAAGAAGCUCAGUGGUGCCACUUCUGUGUUUGACUUAUGGACUGAGGAAAUCACCUACGAAACAAGUCUCUCUUUCCCAACUUUGAUGAACAGAAGUGACAUCAAGGACUCGAAGGUGGUGAGAUUGUCGCCCUUGGACAAUGCCAUCAGAUCUAUCAUGACAAAGAACGACGACAUGCUGCAGUUGGAGAGCAUGAUCAAUAUUGCUAUCAAGGAGAAGGUCGAGUACACAUCCUUGUUGAGUGAUUUGAGCAGACACUUGGCUGGUACUGUUGAUGCACCAGUAAAUGGUGGUGUGGGUCAGUACAGAGCAUUCUUCGAGGAUCCUCGCUACGCUGGCAAGCCUCAAUUUGCAGACAGUGUGAGACUUUUGCGUAAUGCUUUUAACGACUUGACCAUGGUCUUGAGUAGAUGUUUGCACCUCCAUGGAGUGUUGAUCCUGCCCACCUUGAGGGCCUCUCAGACUGCGUUAGUGGAGUCGUUCAAGCUCAACUUUAAAGACGAAAUUGCCGCUUUGAAAAUCAACACAAACUACGAGUCUCAAAGUUACGACUUCUCCAGCAACACGCACACCAGAGACCGCCAAGUCUCGGACAGACAAGCAAAUUCGUCUACGAACGGAUCGACCUUACAGCGUUCUGUGAGCAGACUGUCGAGGCUGUCUUCUACACCAUCCAACUCCACCGACCCCAGUCUUCUGAACAGUUUCUCUUCAAGUCAAACAGGCCCCAAGCAAAAAAGAACUGCUCUUAACUGGAGAAAUGUUGCCCAUUAA